AUGUCGCCGCCGUCGAAUAACCUGUCCGACAAUGGCGCGCAGUCCACUCCUCGCGACCCCAACCCUCCCACUGUGGCCCCCUUCUCUCCUACAACCAUCGCCGGGUCGUCGCUGACAUCUCGGCAACGGUCGAGCGUUAUUGUCCAUCGCAAGUCUCCUCUCUUGGUAGCCACACCGCCGACGGUCACGCGAGCGUUGGCGCACUCACAUCCGUUCCUCCUGCCAUUGAACAAACUCGUCAGCCUGUUGACCUGGUCCAGUGGAGAUUCAUGGGCUAGCUUCCUGCUUGUCGCUGGUUUCUGGGCCAUUGUUCUUUAUUCGGAUGCCAUCAUCCUAUACGCCGGGCCUAUUUUGGUGGUCACGACAUUGAUAUUGGGCAUGUACUCGAGACGGUAUUCACCGCUGUCAUCUACCGGGGUAACAGGCGAGAAACAUGGACAUAAGAAGCAACCAUCUCAACAGCUCUCGGCUCGGCAUCAAAAGAGCCUGGAUGAUAUCGUAGAGACGAUGAGAGAGUUCACGACCCGUUGUAACAUUCUUUUGGAGCCAUUCUUGGAAAUGACCGACUUUCUUUCCACUCAGAGCACUGCAACAUCAGCGACUACGAGACCUGCGUUAACAUCACUUCUGAUUCGAAUUAUUUGUAUUACGCCGAUUUGGAUUCUUCUUACACUCCCGCCAUUCUACAUCAUCACCACCCGCCGAGUCGUGCUCACGGUCGGGACAAUUAUUCUUACAUAUCACUCUAGCCCUGCCCGCGUGUUCAGGGUUAUCCUGUGGAGGUCUUUGGCUAUCCGCCGUAUUUGCAGUUUCCUGACCGGGCUGAGCUUUUCUGUCGAAUCAAAGCAAGGCUCGGUUAAAGAGAAAUCAACGGCUCGGUCUAAAAGCUAUGCAACCGCAAUUGCGGCGUCGAGUAAGGGAGAUGGUGGAGUUCGGUUUACAUUUAUUGUCUAUGAAAACCAGCGACGCUGGCUUGGCAUCGGAUGGACUUAUUCUCUAUUUCCUCACGAACGCUCCGCCUGGACGGACGAACAUCUGAACAGCGUCCCGCCGAGAGACAACUUCGAACUGCCUGACGCAAAGGAUGGCAAUGCAGAAUGGCGCUGGGUUGAAGGUAGCGAAUGGCGCAUUGAAGGCGGCGACGACUCCAGCGAUGGGGGUGGCUGGAUUUACUACGAUAACAAAUGGCAAGAUGGCCGUCGAGGCCAAGACAGCUGGAGCAAAUAUACUCGUCGUCGGAAGUGGUACCGGGACGCCGAGCUGGUGGAAGUCGAGGGGAUGGCCAAUGAAAUGACAAACGAUGCCGCCAGCAUUACGGGUUCAACAGCUAGUGUCCGCAAGAGACGGUGGUUCGGCAACUCCAAGAACACGUCAACAUCGCCGUCAAGCGUUUCUGUGAAUUCUGUGAAUCAGGACAAACCGGCUUUAGAGAAAGUAGCCAGCGCGAGUGCCACCUCGAGACCAGUUAGUAUACAGCAUUCUCGCACCACUUCGUUUAAUAAAUCCGCGGGUUACAGCAGCAGUCCUGGCCAGCAGAGCACGGCAAGCUCCUUACGGCGAACGUUGAGUAGCGGCGGCGAUAGUCAGAGUAUGCGAGAGCGGGAGAUUGAGGACUCGCAGAAUCGCCAUGACCGAUGGGCGACGCGUGCGAGCGGUGGCACUGAAAGAGUGGAGAGAGAGUUUGGGUUGGGAGAUGAUGUUAACAUGGGGUUGAGUUAA